CUUAUGAGGCGUGUUGCGGGCAGGACGCGUGUCGCCGGCGGCAGUUGAGUGUGUCUCGAUGUGCAGUUAGUGUCAGUGGGACAAGUGCACGUCCAGCUGCCAGCAUGGGCUGCGCCAAGGGGCUCUGCGACGCCCACAGCGUCUUCAUCUUUAUCAACAUCGCCUUCGCUAUGUACAGCGGCGCGCUGCUGGCUACGGCGGCGCGGCUGGCGUGGGACCCCAGCACGUACGCGUGGUUCCGCUUCCUGGCGCAGGCGCAGUACCGCGUGUCCACCGGCUACGUGCUGGGCGCGGGCCUGUGGCUCGCCGCUCUCGUGUACCUGGCAGCCGCUGCGCUGCGCCCGCCGCGCCGCGCCGCGCCCGCCUGUCUCAACACGUACGCGGUGGGCGUGGCGGUGCUGGCGGCGAGCGAGGUGGCGUACGGCGCGUGGAUGGCGGCGACGCUGACGGAGUGGUGGCGCAGCGCGCCGCAGGCCGAGCUGGCGCGCCACGGCCUCGACCUGCUGCACGACAUCAAGCCGGCGCUGCUGGCCAUCGACCGCUAUCGGGACGUCGCCAGGCCCAUCUACGCCAUGAUCGAGGAGGUGGAAGCGCGGGCCCCAAACAACGCGGUGGUCAUAGCGGUGUUCGGUCUCGUCGCUCUCAUUUUGCAGAUAGCAGCUUUCAUAAUGGCGCGUCGGCUCGCGUGCGCGGCGAGAGAGCGGCACGAGAGCGAAGCGGGCGAGAGCGGGAAGGCAAGUGCGAGCGACGAGGACAGCGAUAGUGAGCGCGACCUGGACUCGCCGCGCAAGCCGCCGGGCUGGCACAAGUCCGCCAACCUGCGCAUGUACACCAUACUCGACAAAAUUUUCUAGCAGGAAGAGGACGAGUCCACUCGCGGCAAAAGUCGCGACAGUGGGUCUCGUCCUAAAGUUUUGUCGCGAGUGGAGAGUUUCGACGAGGUCGGCGAGGAGAGCGUGGGCCAAACGGUGCGGGGGCGCGGCGCCCUGGCAGAGGGGC